AUGGAUUUCAAUAUGCAAGAUACUCUUGUCUUUCCAAUUAAGCAACAAAUGGAAUUCUUGGAAUUCAAGUUUAAAACUGUUGCUGGAAAAAACUUAAACAAAGAAAUGUUAUUACAAGAACCUGUUAAUGAAAUUACCUAUCAGUAUAUUGAUCCAGAAACAAAAGAAAUGAAAAGUGGAAAAAGAAUUGAAGAAACUGGUGAAAUUCGUUUAUUUGAUGAGAAAAAUUAUAUCCUUACACUUGAAACAGAUAAAGAUUAUAUUAUCAAAAAUAUUACUGUUUUUCCGGAUCUCAAUCAUCAAACUAUAAAACAUUCAUUUGAAAAGCCAAAUGAAUUGAAUUUUCCAGGAAAUAGUUGGAACUUCAUCAUGUAUCAUUUAUUAAAAGAAUAUGAUGUUGACGAAGAAGAUAAUCAAGAAACAUUUCACAAAUAUACCUUCAAAUUUACAAAAGGAACUAUUAAAAGACCUGUGAUCAAAAAUAAAUAUAAAUUCUGUUCCGUACCGAAAUGCAUCACUAGAAAAAGUGACAAAAGUGACACUUACUCUUAUUUUGCGCGGCAAUUUUUCUAA